AUGAACAGGCUUCGCAAGAAUGAAAUGCUCUGUGACGUUUCUAUCAAAGUCGAAGAAAAGACCUUCAAGUGCCACAAGAAUGUCCUCGCUGGGUCUUGUCCCUACUUCGAUGCAAUGUUCGCGUCUGAAAUGGUAGAAACGACGAUGCAAGAGAUCCAGCUUCAUGAAAUCUCUGCGGAAGCGAUGGAACUACUGAUCGAUUACUGCUACACAGCGCAAAUAACAAUCGAAGAACGAAAUGUUCAACAACUUCUUCCUGCUGCGUGUCUUCUUCAGAUGACCGAAAUUCAACACUACUGCUGCGAAUUUCUCUCAAAACAGCUCGAUCCAUCCAACUGCCUCGGAAUCCGCGCCUUUGCGGACACCCACCACUGCUCAGAGCUCCUCAACAUUUCAUCAACCUACUGUGCCCAGCAUUUCGAAGAAGUCGCCAGCAACGAGGAGUUCAAGAACCUCCCCUAUGACUAG